AUGAAGCGAUAUAAGAAUAUCAUAGAAGCGUGGUAUCUAGUAAAUUAUAUCAAAUCAAUAAUGGGAGCGCGAGUCUUGUAUGUAAAAAAUACAAUUGGCGAUGAUAUAGAACGACGGCUAAGUUACUUUGGCCUCUUUUUCUUCCUGAUUUGGUAUAUUCUUUACUUUUACUGCACGUGCAUCUCUUAUAUGGAAGAACAAACUGUUCUAAGAAUUUUGUACGAUACGAAACUAAAACAGUACGGCGAUUAUGUGGAAAAUAUAAUUUCGUUGCAUUAUGUGUUGUAUGUCAUGUGGAAAGUGCCGUUCGAUUUAAGCGGAAGCACAGUCAAAAUUCAAGAAUUAAUCGAUAUUGACAAAACUAUAGAAAGCAUGUGUGAACCAAUCGAUUAUACUAGAAGCGCCUUUAUAACUUUAUUAACGUUUACGCUUCAAUUAGGAUUGAGCGCAACAAAGAUGAUGACACUUUGGUUGAUUCUCAGCAACUUUGAAGUUGCAAUGCCGUUUAGCAAAAUGUACCAGAUCGUCUUUGUCGAAAUUUUAGUACUAAAUGUUGCUUCGUGCUAUUGUUUCUAUCUGAUUUCUAUAAGGGCACGCUACAUUAUUGUUAAUAAAGUGCUCAAGAAGAUAAAGAAUAAAAAAUCGUUGGAGCAGCACAUUUUUGUUCAUGAAACGCGUCAAGGAAACAUACAGCGAGCAUUACAGGUUCAAGAGAAAUACGUUUGUGAAAAAAUUAAGACUUGCGCCAAGACCCACAGUUUAUUGUAUCAUUCUACGGAGAGUGCGAACAAGAAGUUCGGUUUUGCUUUAGCUUUCACCAUGUUCCUAUGUUUAAUUACAAUCAUACUGUAUUUGUUUUAUCUGAUGGAAGCGACGGCGUCUGGUCUAUUCCACAACGUUCCACGCUAUUGUGAAUUUUUAGCAUUUGUUUUCUGGCAGAUUAUUGUAGCCAUUGGUGUUGUAUACGUGAUCGUAUAUUUUUGCGAAUUGACUACAGCUGAGGCUAAAGCCACAGCAAUUGUUACUCAUCAGAUUAUUAAUAAUAACUUUAGCCCAGUUGUAACUUCUGAGGCAAUGCAGCUGUCUCUGCAAUUAUUGCAUCAAGUCCCCGUAUUUACUGCACGGGGUUUAUAUAAGCUAGAUUAUUUGAUUAUAUUAGAGGGAGCGCGUUCUGUAGUUACAUUUCUCGUAAUGCUCAUUCAAUUUGUAACGGAUCCACCUUCAGCUUUGUAG